UGGAAGCAGUGGCUAAGUACCAGGGCACCACAGCUGCUAUGAGGAGCUUAAAGAAACUUUGUUAAUUUGAUUUUUGAACUGCAUAAGUUUUCAACAAAUCGAAGCAAUCGAAGCUUGAGGAACCACGUAAGAGCGUCUAAAAUUUUUUGAAGAAAAAUAAAGAAUCUUUAAGGUACGUUGGGACUAACCACCUGGAGCCAAAAUGAGUAUCGAAGAAGACGUUAUGAGAAUCCAGAAAAAAUUAAGCAAAAUGACGUCUGAAGAUGGCAGUGGACAAGAACAGGCCAUGGAUUUACUUAAAGAACUGCAAACUUUGAACGUAAACCUGGAAGUUUUGAGGAAAACGCGUAUUGGAAUGACAGUAAAUGCUCUCAGGAAGUCUAGCAAAGAUGAUGAAGUGAUCGGUUUAUCAAAAACAUUGAUAAAGAACUGGAAGAAGUUCUUGCCAGACACUGCAGCAUCUGAAAAGUCAAGUAGCAGCUCAUCCAAACCCAAGAAAGAUAAAGAAGAGAAGCCUGCUAAGGAAGAUAAGGACAAAGAUAAGGAGAGGAACCUACCUAAACAAUUUCCACCAACAUCAAACACAACAGAUUCUGUAAGGCUAAAGUGUCGAGAGAUGUUGGCAUCAGCCAUGAAGACAGACAAUGCUGAUGAUUUUGAUGGCUGUGCUACAGCAGAAGAAUUGGCUGAAGAACUGGAAGAGGCAAUUUACCAGGAAUUUAAAAAUACAGAUAUGCGGUACAAGAACAGGGUUCGUUCUCGAAUAGCCAAUCUGAAGGAUCCAAAGAAUCCUACAUUAAGGACAAACUUCAGAAUUGGUGCCAUUUCUGCUACAAGACUGGCUGUAAUGACAGCAGAGGAGAUGGCUAAUGAUGAAGUCAAGUCACUCAGAGAAAGAUUCAAGAAAGAGGCAAUCAAUGAUGCACAGUUGGCGACAGCGCAAGGCACAAAGACAGACAUGUUGAAGUGUGGUAAAUGCAAGAAACGCAACUGUACUUACAACCAACUGCAGACCAGGUCAUCUGAUGAACCAAUGACAACGUUUGUGCUGUGCAACGAGUGCGGAAACAGAUGGAAGUUCUGUUGAAACUCCAAAAUAGGUCCAAUCUAUUUUCUAAGGGGUAUCAAGUUUGAGGUAAUCUUUACGUUCAUGUAAUUUUAAACUAUAAUUUUAUUGUAUUAGACUAAAUCAUAUAGCAAAUAAAGUCUCUGACCAAAAA